AUUUGGGUGUUGUCAUUAAAGGUCUGGAAGAGACACCUAUGGAGACGAGGCGAUUGGUUAUGUGCAGUUAAAAAGAGAAAUGGGAUCUCUGUAUUGUAAAAGCCAUGUUUACGCCCAAACAUAGAGUUAAAAGCAAUCCGUAUCACUGCAGUUUUGAAUGCGACGAAAAGGAGGAAACAGUAAUCAAGCUACAAUGCAGUGGUUGUGCUGCACAAGAGGGUGGCUGUAGGCGUGGUGUAGCGCUAUUAAUGUGGCUGCACAGAAGAAGCGAAGAACCGCCAUGCACUUCCGUGAAGUGCUACUGGAUUAUCUACUCUUGGCAAUAAUCCAAAAUUGAUAGAGGCCUCUCAGAUGAUUACACAUUAAGCCCACACUUGACCGACGCCUAAGGUUUGAACAGUGUUCCCCCUACAGCCACAAGAUGAUCACUAUACAAAAAAAUACUUACAUUAUCUCGAAAAGAA